GCGAGUUUGGUUGAGAAGAAGUUGGAUGGUGGGGGUGUACCAUUGAUGAGAAGCGGCCGAAGAAAAGGGAAUAUUUGCAGAAAUUUCAAAGAAUUCUGAGGAAUAUUACUUUGUUCUGCCUACUAUCAGUAUAUUCAUAAAAGUGUCUGACUUUCAUUAUCAUCUGCACCAGGUGUCCUAGUGUGUUCUGGUUGUACCCCAGAGAUGGCACAGCGGAGCGGGCAGGAGGACCCGGAGCGGUACCUGUUCGUGGACCGUGCCGUGGUCUGCAACCCGGCCACGCAGGCCGACUGGACGGCCAAGAAGCUCGUAUGGAUCCCCUCGGAGCGCCACGGCUUCGAGGCGGCCAGCAUCCGCGAGGAGCGCGGCGACGAGGCGGUGGUGGAGCUAGCUGAGAACAGCAAGAAGGCCAUAGUGAACAAGGACGAUAUCCAGAAGAUGAACCCUCCCAAGUUCAGUAAGGUGGAGGACAUGGCUGAGCUCACGUGUUUGAACGAGGCUUCAGUGCUGCACAACCUCAAGGACCGCUACUACUCUGGCCUCAUCUAUACGUACUCUGGCCUCUUCUGUGUGGUGAUCAACCCCUACAAGUACCUCCCCAUCUACUCCGAGAACAUCAUAGAGAUGUACAGGGGGAAGAAGAGACACGAGAUGCCCCCUCACAUCUACGCCAUCUCAGAGUCCGCGUACAGAUGCAUGCUCCAAGACCGAGAGGACCAAUCAAUUCUCUGCACAGGUGAAUCUGGUGCUGGCAAGACAGAAAACACUAAAAAGGUCAUCCAGUACCUUGCACAUGUGGCUUCCUCCCAUAAAGGAAAAAAAGACCACAGCAUUCCUGUAAGUCCAGAGUCGCCUAAACCAGUGAAACUACAGGCGGAAAAUAAUCACGUCAGUGGAGCCCUGUUCUAUGGUGAAUUGGAACGUCAACUCUUACAGGCCAACCCCAUCCUGGAGUCCUUCGGCAACGCCAAGACAGUGAAGAAUGACAACUCUUCACGAUUCGGAAAGUUCAUCCGGAUCAACUUUGAUGUCACCGGAUACAUCGUCGGGGCCAACAUCGAAACUUAUCUACUGGAGAAAUCGAGAGCUGUUCGCCAAGCCAAAGACGAGCGCACCUUCCACAUCUUCUACCAGCUGCUGUGUGGGGCGGGAGAACAUCUCAGGUCGGACCUGCUCCUGGAGGGCUUCAACAGCUACCGCUUCCUGUCCAACGGCAACGUUACCGUCCCUGGUCAGCAGGACAAAGACAACUUCCAGGAGACCAUGGAGGCCAUGCACAUCAUGAGCUUCUCCCACGACGAGAUCCUGGCCAUGCUGAAGGUGGUCUCCUCCGUGCUCCAGUUUGGGAACAUCGUCUUCAAGAAGGAGAGGAACUCAGACCAGGCCUCUAUGCCUGAGAACACAGCGGCCCAGAAGUUGUGCCACCUGUUGGGGCUGAACGUGAUGGAGUUCACCCGGGCCAUCCUGUCUCCAAGGAUCAAGGUGGGACGAGACUACGUCCAGAAGGCCCAGACCAAAGAACAGGCUGACUUUGCAGUGGAGGCUCUGGCCAAGGCCACAUACGAGCGUCUGUUCCGCUGGCUGGUCCACCGCAUCAACAAGGCCCUGGACCGUACCAAACGCCAGGGGGCCUCCUUCAUCGGCAUCCUGGACAUCGCUGGCUUUGAGAUCUUCCAGCUGAACUCGUUUGAGCAGCUGUGCAUCAACUACACCAAUGAGAAGCUGCAGCAGCUGUUCAACCACACCAUGUUCGUCCUGGAGCAGGAGGAGUACCAGAGGGAGGGCAUCGAGUGGAGCUUCAUCGACUUCGGCCUGGACCUGCAGCCCUGCAUCGACCUCAUCGAGAGGCCGGUCAGUAUCCGUUUAGCGAACCCUCCUGGUGUGCUGGCUCUGUUGGAUGAGGAGUGCUGGUUCCCCAAGGCCACAGACAAGACAUUCAUCGACAAGCUGGUCCAGGAGCAGGGCACCCACUCCAAGUUCCAGAAGCCCAGACAGCUAAAGGACAAGGCUGACUUCUGCAUCAUCCACUACGCUGGCAAGGUGGACUACAAGGCAGAUGAGUGGCUGAUGAAGAACAUGGACCCCCUGAAUGACAACGUGGCCACGCUGCUCAACCAGUCCACUGACAAGUUUGUGGCCGAGCUCUGGAGAGACGUGGACCGCAUCGUGGGCUUGGACCAGGUGGCGGGCAUGGCGGAGACGACGUUCGGAGCCACCUACAAGACCAAGAAGGGCAUGUUCCGCACGGUGGGCCAGCUCUACAAGGAGUCCCUCACCAAGCUCAUGGCCACCUUGAGGAACACCAACCCCAACUUUGUCCGCUGUAUUAUCCCCAACCACGAGAAGAAGGCUGGUAAGCUGGAGCCCCACCUGGUUCUGGACCAGCUGAGGUGUAAUGGAGUUCUGGAGGGGAUCCGUAUCUGCAGACAAGGCUUCCCCAACCGCAUCGUCUUCCAGGAGUUCAGACAGAGGUAUGAGAUCCUGACCCCUAAUGCCAUCCCCAAGGGCUUCAUGGACGGGAAACAGGCCUGCGAAAGGAUGAUCCGAGCGUUGGAACUGGACCCCAACCUGUUCCGUAUCGGCCAGAGUAAGAUCUUCUUCAGGACCGGAGUCCUGGCUCACCUGGAGGAGGAGAGAGACCUGAAGAUCACUGACAUCAUCAUCUACUUCCAGUCUGUCUGCCGCGGCUACCUGGCACGCAAGGCGUUUGCUAAGAAGCAGCAGCAGCUGAGUGCUCUGAAGGUCCUCCAGAGGAACUGUGCUGCCUACCUCAAGCUGCGCCACUGGCAGUGGUGGAGACUCUUCACCAAGGUGAAGCCUCUGCUCCAGGUGACCCGGCAGGAGGAGGAGAUGCAGGCCAAAGACGAGGAGCUGGUCAAGGUGAAGGAGAGACAGAGCAAGGUGGAGGGGGAGCUGGUGGAUAUGGAGAGGAAACACCAACAGCUCCUAGAGGAGAAGAACAUCCUUGCAGAGCAGUUGCAGGCGGAGACGGAGCUGUUUGCCGAGGCGGAGGAGAUGAGGGCCCGCCUGGCCGCUAAGAAGCAGGAGCUGGAGGAGAUCCUCCACGACCUGGAGUCCAGAGUGGAGGAGGAAGAGGAGAGGAACCAGAGCAUGCAGAACGAGAAGAAGAAGAUGCAGACCCACAUCCAGGAUCUAGAGGAGCAGUUAGAUGAGGAGGAGGCAGCCAGGCAGAAGCUGCAGCUGGAGAAGGUGACGGCCGAGGCCAAGAUCAAGAAGAUGGAGGAGGACAUUCUACUGCUGGAGGACCAGAACUCCAAGUUCCUCAAGGAGAAGAAGCUGCUGGACGACCGUGUGGCCGAGAUGACCUCCCAGCUGACGGAGGAGGAGGAGAAGGCCAAGAACCUGGGAAAGGUCAAGAACAAGCAGGAGGUGAUGAUGGUCGACCUGGAAGAGCGCCUGAAGAAGGAGGAGAAGACUCGUCAGGAGCUGGAGAAGGCCAAGAGGAAGCUAGACGCUGAGACCACGGACCUCCAGGACCAGAUAGCUGAGCUGCAGGCCCAGAUAGAGGAGCUCAAGAUCCAGCUGGCCAAGAAGGAGGAGGAGCUACAGGCUGCUCUGUCCAAGGGUGAUGAAGAGGCGGCCCAGAAGAACAACGCUCUGAAAGCUGUGCGGGAGCUGCAGGCCCAGCUGUCAGAGCUGCAGGAGGACCUGGAGUCAGAGAAGGUGUCCAGGAACAAGGCAGAGAAAGUCAAGAGGGACCUCAGUGAGGAGCUGGAGGCUCUGAAGACUGAGCUGGAGGACACUCUGGAUACCACCGCUGCCCAGCAGGAGCUCAGGACCAAGCGAGAGCAGGAGGUGGCUGAGCUGAAGAAGGCCAUCGACGAGGAGACCAAGAACCACGAGUCUCAGGUCCUGGAGAUGAGACAGAGACACUCCACCGCCCUGGAGGAGCUGUCUGAGAAUUUGGAGCAGGCCAAGAGGUUCAAGUCCAACCUGGAGAAGAACAAGUGUACCCUGGAGAGUGACAACAAGGAGCUGGUGAGCGAGGUGAAGGGGCUUCAGCAGGCCAAGACAGAGUCAGAACACAAGAGGAAGAAGAUGGAGGCUCAGCUGCAGGAGUUCAUGGCCCGAGCCACUGAGGGAGAGAGGGCUAAAGUGGAACUGGCCGACCGCACACACAAACUUCAGACGGAGCUGGACACUGUCUCCGCCCUGCUGGAGGACGCUGAGAAGAAGGGAAUCAAGCUGGCCAAGGAUUCAGCCGGCCUGGAGAGUGCGUUACAGGACACACAGGAGCUGCUCCAGGAGGAGACUCGUCAGAAGCUGAACCUGAGCUCUCGUAUCCGUCAGCUGGAGGAAGACAAGAGCACCCUGCAGGAGCAGCAGGAGGAGGACGAGGAGGCCCGCAGGAACCUGGAGAAACAACUGGCCACGCUGCAGGCUCAGCUGUUUGAGUCGAGGAAGAAGCUGGAUGAGGACUUGGGGACCCUGGAGUCUCUGGAGGAGGUGAAGAGGAAGCUGCAGAAGGACAUGGAGCUGACCAGCCAGCGGCUGGAGGAGAAAGCCUCCGCCUUCGACAAGAUGGAGAAGACCAAGACCCGCCUGCAGCAGGAGCUGGACGACCUCAUGGUGGACCUGGACCACCAGAGGACCAUCGUCUCCAACCUGGAGAAGAAGCAGAAGAAGUUUGACCAGCUCCUGGCUGAAGAGAAGACCAUCUCUGCCCGCUAUGCUGAGGAGCGUGACAAGGCCGAGGCUGAGGCCAGGGAGAAGGAGACCAAGGCUCUGUCUAUGGCCCGGGCUCUGGAUGAGGCCCUGGAAGCCAAGGAGGAGUUUGAGAGGCUCAACAAGCAGCUGAGGACUGAGAUGGAGGACCUGAUGAGCUCAAAGGACGACGUGGGCAAGAGCGUCCAUGAGCUGGAGAAGUCGAAGCGCACCCUGGAGCAGCAGGUGGAGGAGAUGAGGACCCAGCUGGAGGAGCUGGAGGACGAGCUGCAGGCCACGGAGGACGGCAAGCUGCGUCUGGAGGUCAACAUGCAGGCCUUGAAGGCCCAGUUCGACAGGGACCUGCAGGCCAGAGACGAACAGAACGAGGAGAAGAAGAGGACGCUGGUCAAACAGGUUCGUGAGAUGGAGGCAGAGCUGGAGGAUGAGAGGAAGCAGAGAGCCCUGGCUGUGGCAGCUAAGAAGAAGCUGGAGAUGGACCUCAAGGACCUGGAGGGGCAAAUAGAAGCAUCCAACAAGGCCAGAGAUGAAGCCAUCAAACAGCUCAGAAAACUACAGGUCCAGAUGAAGGACUACCAGAGGGAGCUGGAGGAGGCCAGAGCAUCCCGUGAUGAGAUCUUUGCACAGUCUAAAGAAAACGAGAAGAAACUAAAGGGCCUGGAAGCUGAGAUCCUACAGCUGCAGGAGGACCUGGCGGCUUCAGAGAGGGCCCGUAGACACGCUGAGCAGGAGAGAGACGAGCUGGCCGACGAGAUCUCAAAUAGCGCCUCUGGAAAGUCGGCCCUGCUAGAUGAGAAGAGAAGGCUGGAGGCCCGCAUCUCGCAGCUGGAGGAGGAACUAGAGGAGGAACAGAGCAACAUGGAGCUGCUCAAUGACCGCUUCCGCAAGACCACCAUGCAGGUGGACAUCCUGAACACUGAGCUGGCUGGGGAGCGUAGCGCGGCCCAGAAGAGUGAGAACGCCCGUCAAGGAAUGGAGAGGCAGAACAAGGAGCUGAAGGCCAAGCUGGGAGAGCUGGAGGGGGCAGUCAAGUCCAAGUUCAAGGCUGCCAUCACCGCCCUGGAGGCCAAGAUACUGCAGCUGGAGGAGCAACUGGAGCAGGAGGCCAAGGAGAGGGCAGCAGCCAAUAAGAUCGUCCGACGCACAGAGAAGAAGCUGAAAGAGGUGGUGAUUCAGGUGGAGGACGAGCGUCGCCAUGCCGACCAGUACAAGGAGCAGAUGGAGAAGGCCAACUCUCGAAUGAAGCAGCUGAAGCGUCAGCUGGAGGAGGCUGAGGAGGAGGCUACCAGGGCCAACGCCUCCCGUAGGAAACUACAGAGGGAGCUGGACGACGCCACCGAGGCCAGCGAGGGCCUGACCCGCGAGGUCAACACACUCAAGAACCGCCUCAGGCGUGGAGGCCCCAUCAGCUUCUCGUCUAGCCGUUCAGGCCGCAGCCGGCAGCUCCAGAUUGACGGAACCUCGGUGGACAAUUCUGACGACGACGCUGACAGCCGCGCCAGCGACCACAACGACACGCAAGCCUCCAACCAGACCGAAUAGACGCUCCCUGCUAAUCCUACCAACCCUAUCAAUUAGCCAGCCUGGCAGAAUGGUGACUACAACACCUCAGCCUCUCCAUCUGUUUCUGUCCACGAGUCAACAGCAGGGAGAACCAGGGUCCUGUUCAUUAGGCACCAAAACAGAAGAAACAGGGAGUGACUACCUGGAUUUGUCCAUAAAGAACCACUUGUUUUCAUUUUCCAUUGAAAUACCUUUCCAAAAGUUUUUCUACGGUGUGUUCUAAUGGAUACAACCCAGACCACCCCACCCCCCAGAAAUGCUCUAUUCCUGGGGAUGACAAAACAAUUACUCCCACUUGAGCGGCUUACUCUGCCUUACAAUAUUCCUACUCUACUCUGGCUAGCUGCUCGGCCCGGCGAGUGUCUCAACGAUCUUAAAAUAGUCCUCCCUAGGUGUGGAUUUAUGUGCUCCGCUUAAAUGAGUAUGUAAACUUAAUGUACAAGUGCUUUUGACUUAUGAACUGUGCGUGUGUGCACAUGUGAGUAUGUAAGGUAUGUGUAUGCCCCUGAACGCCAAACUGCAAGGAAAGGAGCGAAACUAGGAAACGUUCACUUUUGUCAUCCUCCUCCCACAUGAAACAAAACAUUGUCUUGUAAUACAAGUGUGUCACCAAAUGUAAAGCCAUCAUCUCUACCCUGGCUUAAAGCAGACCUAACAAAACUCUCAUCAGAGAGGACAUAGUCCUAUUCAACAGUAGGUCAGAGGUCAAUGGACUGCCUCCGCUUCCCUCAUUGCACGAGUCUCUUCCUAACGUACAGACUGUUGUUCCGCUUCCAAACACUACAAUGAAACAAGAUGGUGGAUUCACACAGUCUUGACCUGUUUUGGGAGAAAAACAUGGAAUGGAAAGGACGUAUUAACUGAAAAGCUUUUCUCCACUUUUGCUACAGCAUCUCGUCACAACUCUUUAAAAACAAUUGGUAACUGACUUCUUAUAGGAAUCGCAUAGGUCAUGAUGGACGUUGUUGGUUGCUGUAUUUUGACCAGUUGGAACACUAUUUGUCCUGUUGUUCAGGAAGAAGCGUUGAAGGCAGUGAGGUGUGGUGUGCUUAGAUAGAUGGUCGCUGGCGUACGUAUCACAGAGAAUCGCUGGAAACUGCACGUAACUGCACAAUGAGUGUUCAUAUGCCCCUGUAACUGGAGCCAGGAAACCCCAAGCUUCUCUCUGAGUGGUCACAUGAUGUACAAUACAGCCCCUUAGUCCAACACUAAUGUUGAGAGCUUCGAUUGAACAUGUAGUUUGACUAGCUAAAGCCUACCGCUCAGAGCAAGGGGGGCCCCGCCAUCUCACUGUGUUUGUGCCAUGGUUUGGUUGUAAAGUAGGACCCCUAACUCUCUUUUAGUAUACGCUGACACACCAACUACCAAGCACUUAGUAUUCCUAGAUAUAACAGCCUUCCACUGGGGAUAGCAUCUCAAACCUCUAAAACUAUUAAGCCACUCUUAACGUACCAGAAUGUCCAUAUUCAUCAGCUCUCUACUCUUCCUUUGGCAUCUCUGUUCAGUAUUAGGGUAAUGACUGGAAACUGACACUUUUACUCCAAUGUUAGCUCGGCUGUGAUGACAUGUUUCUUUAAAGUGCCUUAGACACUAGAUAAGAGCACUGGUGGGUAAUGCACGGUGAGCACCUGUAUAAAACAGAAGGACGUGUAGGUGAGCUGUGUGUGCUACAUAAAAAGCUAACGAGGCAAACCUGUUGAACGGAAAACAAACACUACUCUUUUCUUCUUCUAACCCUUCGUCUUGUGUGUUUUUGCUGUGUGUCAUAUCAUACCCAGUGGGAUACCUCCUCUCCCGCUCAUAUACCUGUAGCAAUAUCUCUCUCCAUAGGUGGUGUGUGUGUGGGUCAGAAAUCAGUGUUACUAUUAACUAUGUGAGAUGUGGAGCCUUCUGCUCCCCCUUCAAGAGCAGAAUGUGAUUUCAUUUGGUUAAAAGCUUUAACAUCUAUGUAGUUUUACUUGUGUUUGUAUUAUUAUUAUUAUUCUCAGACUGGCUGUUGACGACCAGGAUUUCAUUACAACAGCAACCCCCCCCAUGUUAUUUCUUGUUUGCCUCUUGUAUUUCUAGACUACAGUCAUUUUUUUUGUAAAAGACAAUAAAGCAUAUUCAUUGUAGAAAUAA